AAUUCCAUAGGGUUUUGUUUAUUCGAAUUUGAGUAAAAAGUAUAGUGUAAUGAAUCUUACAGAAAACUCCUAUACGAUUAAUCAAACAACAACUAUACAAGAGAAAAAUUAAAAGAGGCCAUGUAAAAUUCUUAUGGAACUCCUUUCAAUAAAAGAGGCCAUGUGUUCCUCGGCCAAUGCUGGCUUAAAGCAAGCAACCGUGACUGACGUGUGGGGCCGAUAAAUACCCGCACCCGACCCGGGUCGAACCCAGUCCAGUUGAUAGAGACCAGCCCAGGUUCUGGAACCCACACCAUUCCGUCGGUUCCGAGCAGAGCCAGAGCCCAGGCAUGGCCAAGCCUCAGGGCGGCGCCGUCAGCACCCCGCGCCCCCGCUCCUCCUCCGGCGCCAAGGCCGCCGCCGCCGCCACCACCCCGGCCAACCGCAGCUCCGUGGGCUCCUCCUCGUCCGCGCCCCCCGCCCCCCUCGCCAAGGAGGCAGGCAAGCUCCUCACCUACGACGACGACGACGCCGCCUCCGCCGCGCAGCAGCAGCCCGACCCCGCGCUGCCCGAGGGCCUCGCCGUCGCCGACCUCGCGCCGCCGCUCGACCUCCCCGACCCCGCGCUGCCCGAGGGCCUCGCCGUCGCCGACCUCGCGCCGCCGCUCGACCUCCCCGACCCCGACGACGCCGCCUCCUCCUCCUCCACCGUCGUCCCCGCCCCUCCCCGCGACGCGGUCCCCGCCCCCGACCGCUCCGCCCUCGCCCAGGUCGCACGUCCCGCCGACGCCAACGACACUGACGCCGACGCCGAGGGCUACACCGUCCUCAGGGAGCUGGAGGUGGUCCUGGCCGAGCUGCGCGGGGCCAGCGGUCUGAGCGCGCGCUCGAGGCGCCUCCUGGCCGCGCUCGCCGAGGCCGCGGCGGACGAGCUCGACGUUCUCCGCACCCGCCGCGCGGCCUUCUGGAGGAAGCUGCGCGUCGGGGUCCUCGCCGCGACGGUCUUCUCCGUGGCCGCCAUGGACGCCGUCCUCCUCGCCGCGCUGCUGGGCGGCCGCCGCGGCAGCGGCAGCCACGCGCUGCCCCCCACCUGAUCGCGCUGCUUCGCCGGUGCCGCCGGCUGCCUCCUGUUUUUAUCCUCAUCGAUCAGUAGCUUGUUAAUUAGCCUUGCUGCACUAGUAAGUUACGUCGUGGUGAUUAAUUAAUUGCUGCACUUAGUAGUAGCGUCGGUCUUAUGAAAAUACCAUAAUUAAAAUAGCGGGCUACGGCAAAUAACGGCGACCGUCAAAGUUCAGAUGUCUAUCGGAUCUGUGUUGGGUUUGGCUCA